CAUCCCCAGAGCUUCCAACCUCACCCUACCUAUCCAUAGUCACCUUCCAAACCGACCAUUCUCCUCCCUUAUCUGUCCAAUAUACAGAUAAACUCUCUCGAUCGUCCGACCUACCCUCGGUGACGUCUGUUGUUCUUGAACCUCACCGCAUCGCAUUCUCACCAAAAUCAUGACGUCAAUCGGCACAGGAUACGAUCUUUCCAACUCGGUGUUCUCGCCAGACGGCCGGAAUUUCCAGGUCGAGUAUGCCGUCAAGGCAGUUGAGAACGGAGGAACCGCCGUCGGCAUCAGAUGCAAGGAUGGUGUUGUGUUGGCAGUGGAGAAGAUCAUCACUAGCAAGCUCCUAAAGCCAGGCGCGAACAAGAGAAUCGCGACAGUCGACCGUCAUGUCGGAAUUGUAUCCGCUGGACUCGUCCCCGAUGGUCGUCACUUCGUUUCCAGAGCUAGAGAUGAGGCUUCCUCCUGGAGAAGCACAUACAAAGGUCCCAUUCCGACCGCUGCGCUGGCCAAUCGCUUGGGUGGGUAUGUGCAGGCAUACACGCUCUACUCCAGCGUACGGCCCUUCGGUGUAGCUGCUAUUGUUGGCGGGUGGGAUACCGAGGCGGAGCUUCCAGUUGAUGGACAGGUCGGUGAUGGACCCAAGUCUGGCUCCGGUGGUAAGGUUGAGGGUGCUAAGGCCGGAGGCCCUGGCCUAUACAUGAUCGAGCCUAGUGGAUUGUAUUGGGGCUACUACGGUGCUGCUACUGGCAAAGGACGACAGGCCGCCAAGGCUGAACUCGAGAAACUAGACCUGACCUCCGGCAAUCUAUCUUUGGCAGAUGGUGUGAAGGAAGCUGCCCGCAUUAUCUAUGUUUCCCAUGAGGACAGCAAGGACAAGGACUUCGAGCUCGAGAUGACGUGGAUCAGCUCGGUCGAUGGACCGACCAAGGGUCGCCAUGAGGAAGUUCCCAAGGAUCUCCUCGAGGAAGCAGAGAAAGCAGCAAAGCGGGCGCUGGAAGGGGACGAUGAAGAAGAGGAGGACAAGGGUCAAGGCGAACAGAUGGAAGAGUGAACAUGUAAUAGAUUAUGCUCCUGAAGAAUUAUGGGU